AUGUCUUGGACUGUCUACGAGGACUUGGCAGAGCCAGGAGGCGACAUUGUCCUGGUACCCGAAACCGGAUUGACGAAACGGUUUGCAACGCAACUUGGGUUUACCAAAACUCGGGCUGAUCCAGCCGUGGACCCAGCCGAUGUCAACCAAGCACCAAAUAACCUUCUUGCUGAUGCGCUGCUCAAGGACGGAGAGCCUGAUGAGGUCCCUGUCCGAGACGUCCUGCCGUUUCCCAACACCGCGGGCUGGGACACCUUCGCAAACGUCCAGACCAACAAUACCCUCACCGUGCGAGCGGACACCAGAACUUGGAAUCACUUCCCCCUCGAGUUCCAAGAGAAAGACAUCCUAGGAGACCCAGAGUACAGGAACUGGACUUAUGACGGCCUAUUAGGCAGAUGGCGGCCCGGCUCUCGCAAGGUCUUCCGCCGCGGAUCCGACGGCCAGGACUGGGUCGAAUCCAUCGCUUUUGCUGAAAACCUAUCGCGACAAGAGUCUGGCUCCGGCUCCGUCAUAGUCCACCCGACAUACUUCAACCUGCCUUGCUUCAACUACCAAGCCUACACGGUUCGAGACUUACGAGAACUCAGCCAUCAGAAAAUGUUCUCCGAGUACACCGCCGACUGGACCACCCGUGCCGAAGUGAUGGUCAAUCAGACCAUCGCCAAUGGGCCCCUCGAGCUCGUCAACACCGUCAUCGACUCCAUGAAAGCCAACAACUUCACCCCCACAGGGCUCCUCGCCAACGUCCUGGUCCGCAAGCCGGAGAGCCGCGAAAUCGUAGGCCUCAUCGGCUCCGGUUACGCUCUGCGCCUCCUUCUGGCCGACCGGACGGACGAGUUCGUCCUCUUCCUCACCUUCACCAACAUCACGGCUCGGACGAUCACUGCGGAGGUCGCGUUUCUCGGUGGGAGCGUUCCCUCCGAGACUCGCGUCAAGUGGCGCGUCCCGGCUGGAGAAAGCCUUGGAAAGGUCACUGUCAACGGCGCUCCCGCAGAUGAGGUGAUGGGUGAAGAUGUUGUGCUGCGGAUGGGAGCUGACGUGAAGAACGUGACCGUUCUUGGAAACUUCUAG